AUGACCAGACCUGCCUUAGCCAUCGUCACCCCCCACAACCCGUACAGCAUCACGGAGCGCACUCCCCUCACUCCCAGGGGACAGCGACGCCCAUCAGAGGACGGACGCGCACACUCCAUCUGGAAGUAUGCCAGGUAUGCCACACUGAGUAUCCAUGCACUACUUUGGGCUGCCACCCUCAGUAUAUCGGCUGCCGUCCGCCCUCAUAGCCUGGCGGCCAUCAUCCCAUCUGCCCUCGGUCUCGCCUUCUCCAUGGUGUACAGUGCCACUGUGAUCCGGAACAGAAGCACAGACUCGGCAGCGAACAGAGUGGUGGUCGAAGUGGCCUAUCACGUCUGCCAUGCUGCGCUGCUUCUUGUCAUUGGCAGCAUCACUGUCGCCGACCGUUCCCUCUGUAUGAGCCCCUCAGGAAGCUUUCCCGCCUCUGGACUCUGCGUCGCUUCCGCCGUACCCAUUCUCGCCUUCUCCCAUCUCACCCUCGUCACAUGCUGGCUCGCCCUUGUUCUGUAUCUCGCUUUCGCCCACUCUACCUCGUCCCCUCAUGGCAUCCCCAAAAUAUACUUGAACGUAUGGAACCUGCUCGGUGGAGAGCACGACUAUACAAGGAUGGGUCAAGUGGAUGGAGUAAGUGUGGAGAAGUGGUGGGACCAGAUCCCUACAGUUCAAGAGCGUCGAGCUUCCAUGAGCGUUGAAGAGGCUGGUUCAUUGAGGGAACCGCGCGAAGUUCGGCUGUCGACAUCAUCGUGGCACACAGUCGACUUUGACUAUGGCAGAAGGUCCAGCGGUGAACGAAGGUGGGGAGACAGCUACGUCGGCGUCGAGAGUCGGAGGAACAGUUACAGCCUAGGGGAGCAGGGUGGGGAGACUGGCUACAUCAGAAUCAAGAGCUGGGGUGGCCAAAGCCACACUGAAACUGGGAGCGCCCAUCGCGAGUGUGAAGAGGGAGAUAUCAGCCAGGGCGCUCGAUUGUUGGGAGAAAAGUCAAAAGGGCAUGAGGCAAGAGUGUCUCUUGUUUCCACGUCUUCCUCUUCUUCAGAUGAGACUGUUCGACAACCCAUUGAAGCGAAGCAGUCGUCGGGGCCUGGCAUCAGCCCGGACUGGAGCGAAGCAUCUCAUUAUUCACAAUAA